AUGAGUUUAGUGGUUACAAGUCAAGUUUCAUUUCAAGUAGUUCUGUUUUGUUUUGACGUUGCAUGUUUGAUAUUAGGAUGGGCUGUUUUGAUGUUUUUUUCCACAAUCAACAACAGUGCCGCCCAAAUUGCUAAUGCGUUUUCAUCAAUCGUUGGACUAUGGGACACUUUUAUUGGAGAAACUAGACGCAAAGUCAUUCGUGAAUCAGAAGGAAAAGAUCGGAUUGAAGUAGGACGUGCUUUGAUGUCUUCUCCAGAUCCUUAUUUAUCACCGGAAUCAUCAAGACAGGGUUUAUUUAAUAAAAAUGGCAGUUCAUACCCUCCCACAACAACACCAAUACUUUCUAAUGAGCCAUCGGUGAAACAUGUCAGAAAAAGACUUCCAUUUAUUUUUGCGUUUUUUUUGCUUGUAAUUCGAUAUGUUCCUGUUCCUCUACAUAUUGUUUUUGGUUAUGCUGGUAAACCAGAGCCAGAAAAUCUUUAUAUUCCUUUGGCAAACGCAUCAAAUUACUUGGAUACCAUUCCAAACUUUUACGAUGAAAAUACAACACCACUUUACAAUGUUGGAUCUAAUUAUCAAGCAUCUGAUGCAUACGAUGAAUCUAAGUCAUCAUACCUUUUCCCUUUAUUCAACUCUUCUAUGCCUUGGAGUUUACAGGGCUCGACUUUUUUCAGACAAAACGGAGUUACUUGUCUUAUUACCGACAGAUUUGAAGAGAUGAUUAUGCAAACUGGGUUUUUGGCUCACUAUAAUGCAUAUCCUUCUUUGCCAGUGUUGCCUAUACUGAAAUGUAAAGAAGAUAGUUCUGGUUAUUCCAUGUUUGUGACUAAUAGCAAUUAUACCGGGAACAGCACGUUAUUCCAGCCAUAUACCACUGCAAUUAAAACCGUGCUAGGAGUAGGUCAAAAUGUGAGUGGUAUCUCAAUCGAUCCAACUAACAAAAAAAUAAAUGUCACGACUGUUAUUAUUGAUGACUACUCUUUUGAAAAUGUGCCUGUUGUUGAUAACUCGACUUUGUGGGACAUGAUGAAUAAAUCAUUUCCAGUCAAUGAAAGUCUUUCUGCAGAAAAUGACUGGGCUGUCUAUAAUAAAGAAGAUAUAGUUUCGACAAAAAAAUCUUUGGAUUCAGCACUUUCACUAAUGCAAAGUGACUUUGUGGAUGAAAUAAGUUAUGUUAUGUCAUACAGCUAUUACAAUUCUUCGGCUUCAUCCGACAGUGUUCGAUCAUUUUGCAGGACAAUGUUUUCAUAUAAUGGUGUUGGAGGCUACAUUUCAGUUUCAAAGCUUUAUUAUAGUACUAGGCAGUUGUCAUAUGAUAUUACUAAGAAUUCUGAUGAGGCACAGCCUUAUUUUAAGGUGCAGCAAAGUAAUGACAAUCCUCAGUUUUUAAAUGUGCAAGUGUUAGCACUAAUAACAGAUAUUAAGAUUGGGCCAACUGUUGGAGGUGCUUUGCUUAGGAAAACCGGAUAUCAGGCAGAUGGGCUUCAAAACGUGUUGUUUGAAGCUAAUGGGAAACUGAUUUAUGACAUCAAAGUUAUUUUUGGCAGUAUUUUAGGAGUAAUUGGUGUUUCUUUUAUUUUACUAUUCAUCAUUUAUGUUAUUUGGCACGACAAGCCUAAGGGCAUUCCUUUUUAUUAUGCCUUGCUUCACGAAUACCAUCAAAAAACGUCAAAUAUUGGGUGCGACAGAAGCAUAUUUGAUAUGGUUACACCAGCAUAUGAGGGUGAAGGCUAUGUUGAAUCUAAGUGCUUUAAUCAUAUAGGGGUUUUGGAUGAAAAAUCUGUUGCACAGCCCCCUCGUGCCUCUGUUCCAUACAGUGAUAAGUGA